GCAACGUCACUUAGGAAACCCGCAAUGCAAACUCGCCGCAGGUUUAUUAGGCCUUCCCAGACAACAUGGCGCAGGAUGUGUGUCCGGCGGGUUCUGAGCCUAGCCUCUCCUUUACGCAGGGCUUCAUCCUCGGGCAGCUCUCGAUAGUGCUCCUGCUCGCAGCUUUCAUCAAGUUCUUCAUCUUUGGCGAAUCCCCAUCGCCCGAAAUUACCGCAUCCAUUCGUGCUAACGAACGACGAUCCCGGACACUCGCCCACAAGAAGUCGCUCCUGAGCCUCAAGGAAUCGAGCACACGACAAGCGGCCCAGCAACCUACCCUCAACAGGAAGAAGUCCAGCAUCUUACGCCCGAGCCCGCCAACUCUUACGAUCGGCUCCAUUCUCGAUAAGACCUAUUACAAGGUGGAUAGUCACCAGCCGGAGAGUUUGGACUGGUUCAACGUGCUGGUAGCCCAAACAAUUGCGCAGUUUCGCAGUGACGCCCAACAUGACGACGCCAUCCUCACUUCCCUCACCAAAGCUCUCAACGGGGCUUCACGCCCGGACUUUGUCGACGAGAUUCGCAUUACUGAGCUAAGUCUUGGCGAGGACUUUCCCAUCUUCAGCAAUUGCCGCAUCAUACCCGUGGACGAAAAUGGCCUUAGUUAUCCUUCGGGUAAAGCCUUUGAUGCGAGCAAGGCCACACGGGAAGGUGCACGGCUUCAGGCAAGGAUGGACGUUGACCUGAGUGAUAUGAUCACUCUGGGCGUCGAGACAAAAUUACUUCUCAACUACCCGAAACGUCUCAGUGCGGUUCUGCCUGUCGCUCUGGCCGUGUCAGUUGUGCGGUUCAGCGGCACCCUGUCCAUCUCGUUUAUCCCGAGCAACCCCUCAGAGAAUACGCCUACAAAGAUGACCUUCACGUUUCUCGACGACUACAGACUCGACUUCUCCAUUCGCAGUUUGAUGGGGAGUCGCUCAAGAUUACAGGACGUGCCCAAGAUUGCGCAGCUGGUUGAGUCGCGUCUCCAUCGCUGGUUUGACGAACGAUGUGUCGAGCCGAGAUUUCAGGAAAUAGCCUUGCCAAGCUUGUGGCCCCGAAAGAGAAACACACGUGGCGGUGAUGAAGCGAUCGCUGACGCGGAACGCUCCCUGAGCAAGACAAAGGGUAUGGAAGUCGCUAAGGACCUACGUAUGGAAGCUCGGGGCGAGGUCGAAGCUGAGGCGGAUGUGCGAGUUGACAGGGGCCAUGAGUCAUUGAGAUACCGGCGGCGACCACGACCCGAGGACAUGUUUUCCGUAUCUGGACCCAUGCCUGGGGCAAUGCCAGACCUUGAAACUCCGACCUGAGGUGCGCGCCGGCUGUACAUGUACAGUGUCGCAUCCAUAAUCGAGCAGCCCGCAACAACAGCACCGGAGGGUUUGGGAAGUGUACAAGUGACGGUAAAACCCCAACGAUGAGCUGAACCCAGGCCUGCGUCAGUUCAGAAAGAAGACGCCAGUGAAGCACCAUCAAUAUCGUAGCGUUGCGUCUUCGUCGCCCUACGGUAUUCGGACGUCGCUGCCUCGAGGCUCAA